UAAUAGUCCCAUUCGAAUCCCGAAUUUGAUUCUUGGCAAGAGUCCGACAAAAAGAACUGAACGGCGGCAAAAACACGCCACUCCAAUUUCCUCUGCGGCUGCUAAAGACAAGGAUCCUUCAUUUGUCGGCGCCCUAUUUGCCUUUCCAAAUGCUUUUUCAUCUGUUCAAAGUCCACCCGCAGAUCAUGCAUUCAGUAACCUGCCUUUUGACCGUCCCUCUUACCAGAAUGGAGCUGCACGGCAUUGAAGCAAUUUGCUUGCAAUGCCCUCUUGGGUCUCUUCCCUUUUUAUCAACCAAUAGGUGGAAAGCUGAAAACCACCAAGUCCAACAAUCUCUUGUCAUUGUAAAAUCAUUCGGAUCACUGACUUACAAUAUUUAGCUUAUACCGGCACUUAAGAUGCUCUUUCGGAACUCAGAGGAUUGCUUGGAUAGUGUUUGAGAAUAUGAUUCACUGAACUUUAACAUCCUUUUCUGGGAUAGAAGGCGUAGAACAUAAGAAUAAACAAUCAAAGGGUAAUUAUUUUCUACCUGCUACAAGGGAGUGAAGAUGGAUGCAGCUCUGGCUAUGGAUGAUAUGGCAAUGAGGAACCGCAGUAGAAGGAACUCGACUUCUGUAAGUCUUAUGGAGAUGUUUGCUGCAUCAGGAAGAGAUGUAUUCCAGAGAAUUGAUGAGGAGAAUGAUAGUGAGGAAGACUUGAGGUUGGCUGCUAUUGAGAGACUUCCUACAUAUGAUCGAUUGAGGAAAGGGAUCCUGAAGCGAACCCUGGAUGAUGGAAGAGUUGUGCAUCAAGAAGUUGAUGUUCAAAAUCUUGGGAUGCAUGACAAGAAGCUACUCUUGGAACGUAUUUUGAAAGUUGUGGAAGAGGACAACGAGAGGUUCCUUCGAAGACUCAGAGAUAGGAUUGAUAGGGUAGGAAUUGAUAUUCCGAAAAUCGAAGUGCGAUAUCAGGAUCUAUCCAUUGAAGGAGAUGCAUAUGCUGGAUCUCGGGCAUUGCCUACUUUGUUUAAUGCCACCAUAAAUGUGAUAGAGAGUUUUCUACAAAAGAUAAGAGUUUUUCCAUCCAAGAAAAGAGUAAUCAAGAUACUCUACGAUGUGAAUGGAAUUAUAAAACCUUCAAGGAUGACACUACUUCUUGGGCCUCCCGGAUCUGGAAGAACAACAUUCUUGAAAGCACUAGCUGGAGCAUUGGACAAGGAUCUCAGGGUUGAGGGUAAGAUCACUUAUUGCGGUCAUGAGAUGUCAGAAAUAAUUCCUCAACGUACCUGUGCUUAUAUCAGCCAGCACGACCUCCACCAUGGAGAGAUGACAGUGAGAGAGACAUUCGACUUUGCCGUACGUGCUUUAGGUGUUGGAACUAGAUACAAACUUCUCACAGAAUUGUCCAGACGAGAAACUGAUGCGGGAAUUAAGCCUGAUCCCGAGAUAGAUGCAUUUAUGAAAGCCACUGCUAUAGCAGGCCAAGGAUCCAGUUUGGUCACAGACUACGUGCUCAAGAUACUUGGUUUGGAGUUAUGUGCUGAUAUAGUGGUGGGUAAUGAGAUGAUGAGGGGCAUAUCAGGGGGACAGAAGAAACGUGUUACCACAGGAGAAAUGCUGGUUGGUCCUGCAAAAGUUUUUUUCAUGGAUGAAAUAUCUACAGGUCUUGACAGCUCCACCACAUUCCAAAUUGUGAAAUACAUGAGGCAAAUGGUCCAUAUAAUGGAUGUGACGAUGAUAAUAUCGCUUCUUCAACCCGCACCAGAAACAUUUGAGCUUUUUGAUGACAUCAUUUUGCUUUCAGAGGGACAAAUAGUCUACCAUGGUCCACGAGAUAAUGUUAUAGACUUUUUUGAGUGUGUGGGAUUUAAAUGUCCAGAAAGGAAAGGAGUUGCUGACUUUCUACAAGAAGUAACAUCUCUCAAGGACCAAGAACAGUAUUGGUUUAGAAAAAAUGAACCUUAUCAAUAUAUUUCAGUCACUGAAUUUGCAGACCUAUUUAGAAACUUUCAUGUUGGGCACAAACUAUAUGAUGAGCUCUCAGUUCCUUAUGACAAGAGUAGAACCCAUCCUGCAGCACUAGAAACUAAGAAUUAUGGUAUUUCCAAUAUGGAACUCUUCAAGGCAUGCUUAUCUAGGGAAUGGCUGCUGAUGAAACGCAACUCUCUCCUGUACAUAUUCAAGACAUUCCAGAUUACUAUAAUGUCAAUAAUUGCUUUUACAGUGUUCUUUAGGAGCAAGAUGAAAUCUGGGACGGUUGGAAAUGGAGGAAAGUUUUAUGGAGCUCUGUUUUUUAGUCUCCUCAACGUGAUGUUUAAUGGUACAGCAGAGCUUGCACUGACCAUGUUCAGGCUUCCUGUUUUCUUCAAACAGAGGGAUUCUUUAUUUUUCCCUGCUUGGGCUUUUGCACUCCCAAUUUGGCUAAUGAGAAUGCCCCUCUCAUUUAUGGAAUCAUUCAUAUGGGUUAUUCUUACUUACUACACCAUUGGCUUUGCUCCUGCUGCUAGUAGGGUAUUUCGCCAAUUCCUGGCCUUCUUCUCCUUACAUCAGAUGGCUUUGUCCCUUUUCCGUCUUAUGGUGGCACUUGGAAGAAUAGAAGUGGUAGCAACCACUUUGGUUACUUUCACUUUGCUGGUAGUAUUUGUGCUUGGUGGUUUCAUUGUUGCUAAAGAUGACCUGGAACCAUGGAUGAAGUGGGGAUAUUACAUGUCUCCUAUGUCUUAUGGCCAGAACGCGAUAGCUAUCAAUGAAUUUCUUGAUAAAAGAUGGAGCUCUCCCAUUAACGAUUCAAGGUUCCGUGAGCAUACGGUAGGCAAGCUGCUUCUUAAGUCAAGGGGAAUGUAUGUAGAUGACUACAUGUAUUGGAUAUGCAUCAUCGCCCUCUUAGGCUUCUCAGUUCUCUUCAAUGUUUGCUUUGUCAUUGCACUAACAUACUUAAACCCUAUUCGAGGCUCCAAAUCUAUUAUUUUGGAUGAGGAAGACAAUAAUAUUAAGACGAAAGGCCAAUCAAACCCCUUUGGUGAAGCAGCAGCAUACCAGGCUUCAGCAUCUACACCUCCAACCUCUGAAGUAAGGCAUUCUGAACAAAGCUCUAGCGUGGAACAAAAUGCAGUGAAGAUGAAGGGGAUGGUGCUUCCUUUCCAACCGCUGUCUCUUGCAUUCAACCAUAUCAAUUACUAUGUUGAUAUGCCAGCUGAAAUGCAAAAACAAGGAAUCCAAGAGAGACGACUCCAAUUGUUGAGAGAUGUUAGUGGAUCUUUCAGGCCAGGAGUUCUAACAGCAUUGGUUGGUGUGAGUGGAGCUGGGAAGACUACUUUGAUGGAUGUCUUAGCAGGAAGAAAAACAGGUGGAUAUAUCGAGGGAUACAUCAGCAUUUCUGGUUUCCCCAAGAAUCAAUCAACUUUUGCUCGAAUAAGCGGUUAUUGUGAACAGAAUGAUAUCCAUUCUCCACAUGUUACCGUAUAUGAAUCUCUUAUAUAUUCUUCCUGGUUGCGUCUUUCUCCAGAUGUGAAUAAGCAAAAAAGAAAGAUGUUCAUUGAGGAAGUGAUAGAGCUGGUUGAGUUGAACCCCUUGAUUAAUUCUCUAGUUGGACUCCCUGGUGUGGAUGGUCUCUCAACAGAGCAGAGGAAAAGGUUGACAAUAGCCGUGGAACUUGUUGCUAACCCAUCCAUCAUCUUCAUGGAUGAACCCACAUCAGGUCUGGAUGCUAGAGCUGCUGCCAUUGUAAUGCGGACCGUGCGAAACACUGUGGAUACGGGACGGACCGUUGUGUGUACUAUUCACCAACCCAGCAUAGAUAUCUUUGAAGCAUUUGAUGAGUUAUUGCUGAUGAAGAGGAGAGGGCAAGUCAUCUAUGCCGGGUCCCUAGGUCAUCACUCUCGCUCGCUGAUACAAUAUUUUGAGGCUGUACUUGGGGUUCCUAAGAUAAAAGAGGGAUAUAAUCCAGCUACCUGGAUGCUGGAGAUCAGUGCUCCUGCAGUUGAGGCUCAACUUGAUUUGGACUUUGCAAACAUUUAUGCGGAUUCUGAUCUCUAUCGGAGGAAUGAAGAACUCAUUGAACAGUUGAGCACUCCUGUGCCCGGUUCCCAGGACCUACACUUCCCCACAAAAUAUGCCCAACCCUUCUUUACUCAGUGCCAUACAUGCUUUUGGAAAAUGCACUUGUCAUACUGGAGACAUCCACAGUACAAUGCCAUACGUUUUUUCAUGGCUGUAAUAACAGGAAUUGUAUUUGGAGUCAUUUUCUGGAAAAAAGGGAGUAAAUUCAGGUCCAAACAGCAAGACCUUACAAACCUCGUGGGAGCUAUGUAUGCUGUUGUUAUGUUUCUUGGUUCAUCAAAUACUUCGGCUGUGUUGUCUGUCAUAUCAGUAGAAAGGACAGUCUUCUAUCGAGAACAAGCAGCUGGGAUGUAUUCUGCACUGCCUUAUGCCUUUGCUCAGGUGGCGAUUGAGGCUAUCUACAUUGCAAUCCAAACGUUUAUAUACAGCCUUAUACUCUACUCGAUGAUUGGAUUCCCUUGGGAAGCACACCGCUUCUUUUGGUUUUACUAUUACGUCUUCAUGUGCUUCUUAUACUUCACAAUGUACGGGAUGAUGCUCAUUGCACUCACUCCAAACUACCAAAUUGCUGCCAUUGUCAUGUCAUUCUUCCUCAACAUUUGGAAUCUAUUUUCAGGAUUUCUCAUUCCAAGAACGCAAAUCCCAAUAUGGUGGAGGUGGUACUACUGGGGCUGCCCCGUCGCCUGGACGUUAUAUGGCCUCGUAACGUCUCAAGUUGGAGACAAAACUGAGUUGGUGGAGAUUCCCGGGAGUGUUGAUAUGAGCGUCAAUGAUUAUCUCAAAGACAACUUGGGCUAUGAUUAUGACUUCCUUGGAGCUGUUGCUGCGGCUCAUGUUGGCUGGGCACUUUUCUUUUGCUUUGUGUUUGCUUAUGGAAUCAAGUUCCUUAAUUUCCAAAAGAGAUAAAGGUGAAGAUGAAAAAACCUGUAAUGUGGCUUGGCAAGUAGGGUGAUAUUGAUAAGAGGGAGUAGUUAUAAUGUUUUGCAGAGAUGUUUUUUAUAAGCGUCUACUAAGACUCUAAUAUCACUACAAAAUACAUGUAUUUUUUUGAGUUUUUUCGUGGAAUAUUAUUAAUUAACACCCAUUC